AUGGUACAACAUCUCCACGCUUUUCUGUACACCAUAGCUGUCAUAUUGCAAUCAUCUGGAGUAGACGCUCGAUUGAGGUCCCUUUGUUUCAAAGCUUGGACAAUCCAGCUGACUGCUCACGAACAGGAACUUCUCAUACUGACCUGCAACAUUUUGGGGACAGUAGGUGGAGUUUUAUCGGAGCCGUCCAUAUCUGAAAACUGGGUUACGGAUUCUGCUGAUCGUUCAGUGGCUCAGAGAACAAGUGACAGAGUGGAUGUCAAGGAAACACGCGACGUUACGAGCCAUGCCCGUAUAGAAGCUAGUUCUCGACAAGCUAUGGUUGUCUGUCUAACCGACGGCAGUCCAGAAACGUUUUGGGAGAGUGGAGAGGAGGAUAAAAGCCGGUCUCGCACCUUGAAUGUGACUUUUGAGAACUGUACACCUGUGCUUCUGUGUCUGUUCAUUGAUAACUCUCGCGACGAGGCUUGCAGAACAUCGCAAAUAUCAUUUCGGGCAGCUUUGUCUGAUGGUUCACGGAAAGACCUGCUGUCAAAGAAUUUAGAUCAAAAUUUCUGUGGAUGGGUUAAAUGUUGUGUAGCCAGCGUUACUCAUGUCAACAUCUCCCUGAAAGGUCCUCACAAUGCAUCACGGGUCCGUCAG